CUCCGGCUCGGCGCCAUGGAGAAGAGCGGCGAGACCAACGGCUACCUGGACAGCGCCCCGGCGGGGGCGGCGGAGCGGGGGGCGCCCGGGUCGGGCGGCGCGCGGCGCUGCGCGGGCUUCCUGCGGCGGCACGCGCUGGUGCUGCUCACCGUGUCGGCGGUGCUGGCGGGCGCCGGGCUGGGCGCGGCGCUGCGCGGGCUCGGCCUCAGCCGCACGCAGGUGGCCUACCUGGCCUUCCCCGGCGAGAUGCUGCUCCGCAUGCUGCGCAUGAUCAUCCUGCCGCUGGUGGUCUGCAGCCUGGUGUCAGGCGCCGCCUCCCUGGACGCCAGCUCCCUCGGGCGCCUGGGCGGCAUCGCCGUCGCCUACUUCGGCCUCACCACGCUCGGCGCCUCGGCGCUCGCCGUCGCCUUGGCGUUCAUCGUCAAGCCCGGGUCUGGCGCGCAGACCCUCCAGUCCAGCGACCUGGGGCUCGAGGACUCGGGGUCCCCUCCGGCCCCCAAGGAGACAGUGGACUCCUUCCUCGACCUGGCCAGAAACCUGUUUCCCUCAAAUCUUGUGGUUGCCACUUUCCGUACGUAUGCAACUGAUUACAGAGAGGUGAUCCACAACACGAGCUCCGGAAACGUAACCCAUGAAAAGAUCCCCAUUGGCACUGAGAUCGAAGGGAUGAACAUUUUAGGAUUGGUCCUCUUUGCCCUGGUGUUAGGAGUGGCCCUAAAGAAACUCGGCUCUGAAGGAGAAGAGCUCAUCCGUUUCUUUAAUGCCUUCAAUGAGGCGACGAUGGUGCUGGUGUCAUGGAUUAUGUGGUAUGUACCUGUGGGCAUCAUGUUCCUGGUUGGAAGCAAGAUUUUGGAAAUGAAGGACAUCAUUGUGCUGGUGACCAGCCUUGGAAAAUACAUCUUCACAUCCAUAUUGGGCCACUUUAUUCAUGGCGGAAUUGUUCUGCCACUUAUCUAUUUUGUUUUCACAAGAAAAAACCCAUUCAAGUUCCUCCUGGGCCUCGUCACACCAUUUGCCACAGCAUUUGCCACCUGCUCCAGCUCAGCGACCCUUCCCUCCAUGAUGAAGUGCAUUGAGGAGAACAACGGCGUGGACAAGAGGAUCAGCAGGUUCAUCCUCCCCAUCGGGGCCACCGUGAACAUGGACGGGGCAGCCAUCUUCCAGUGCGUGGCCGCGGUGUUCAUUGCCCAGCUCAACAACGUCGAGCUGAAGGCAGGGCAGAUUUUCACAAUUCUAGUGACAGCCACAGCGUCCAGUGUUGGAGCAGCAGGCGUGCCAGCUGGAGGGGUGCUCACCAUCGCCAUUAUCCUGGAGGCCAUCGGGCUGCCCACUCAUGACCUUUCUCUGAUCCUGGCUGUGGACUGGAUUGUGGACCGCACCACCACCGUGGUGAACGUGGAAGGGGAUGCGCUGGGCGCCGGCAUCCUCCACCACCUCAACCAGAAGGCGAUGAAGAAAGGGGAGCAGGAGCUGACCGAGGUGAAAGUGGAGGCCGUCCCCAACUGCAAAUCGGAGGAGGAGACGUCGCCCCUGGUGACCCACCAGAACCCCGCCGGCCCCGCAGCCAGCGCCCCCGAACUGGAAUCCAAGGAGUCGGUUCUGUGAGGGGCCGGCCUGGGGCCUGCCUGGCAGCAGGGGUGGCCCGCCCCGUGGGCACCGUGCUCCCGACCUGAGCCCCAAGCAGGGCUGUGGCCCCGUCACCCGUUUGAGGAUCACUUCUUGGGGCAGGCCAUGGGCUUCCUAGUGGGGCCCAGUUCCCGAAGACCAGGACACUCUGACAUUUGGCUUGAUCGGCAUACAGGUGCCACUGCGUGUGCUUCGGAAACACGUCCUGGGGCUGCUGGGCUGGGGGCAGGACAGGCCCCCUGGGGACCCGGUAGUUAAAGCUCAGAACAACGCACCUGUGCUCUUCACUGCGCCUGGCCAGCUGUGUCUUGGGGGCCUUCCGGGGAACCUGGGGGGUUUACUGUCCUCUGACACACGGCCUCGUGAGCCAGAGUCAUUAGAGAAAUUCCCAAAUUCUUACCCUUGGCUGGAAUUCACUGAGCUGGGACGCGAGGUGUCAGGAUCUCUCGCUACUAUGACGUGUGGCUGGUUCCGAUGCACUGGUUGCUGGGGGGGGGGGGGGGGGGGGCGCACGUCGUCCAGCUGGAAACACUGCAGACUGUGUUAGCACUGUGGGGGCUCUGGUCAGUGGCAUUGCGUAAAUAGCUUAAAUUCUGAGCUCAGAGGAAAGGGGGUGCAGCUGGCAAGGGGAGGGGAAGCAGCCAACCAGGACAGACGGACACGCACACUCAGGCAGACACACACAGUUGUCCUCGUUCUCGUCCCAGCCCCAAGGACGUUUCCUGCUUUCCGUGAGCUGGCCUCCGACAGCACUGUGGCUUUAUCCUCAUCCACGGCGCUCUGGGAACAGGCCAGAGAGGGCCCGCCCCCUCCACGAACUUCCCACUUAGGACACGCUGGCUUAUCAAUCUAGUCCUAUAAUUCAACUAGGCCCCUAAAAUCCUGCACCGUGCAAAACAAACACAAAAACGAGAAAACACAAACCCGCUCACCAAUUAGGGUGGGGUGGGGCACCCCCAUCCCCAGGUCCCCAGGCCCCCCUGGCUUUGGCUGAUUGCCACGGGCUUGGUUUCUUACCCUACCAGCCCAUCGAAGUUUAGAACUGUAAACCAGGUGUCCCUGUUCCUCCAGAUACCUGCUCUGACCCGGUUUGAACCUAGGUGAGGGGGCUUUGUAGAGACGACGGUGUGGCCAGGCACAGGAAAUGCUGGGGCUGGCGGUGUGUCUCCAUGGUGUGACCUGCAGCGAAGUCCUAGGCCUCACUUUACCCCAUUCAUAAAAUGGGGCUGACAUCACCUGCCUCUUACCUACCUCAGAGGGAUUUGGUGAGGCAAACUGAUGGAGUCCGUGCAAACACCCAUCGCACUUCUUGGAUAUCAAGUGCUUACACCCCUAUGCUUUUUUUUUUUUUUUUUAACCCAUGGAAUGCCUUUGUCCACGGAGGCUUCGUUCUCCCAGUGAACACGCCGUGUAGGACAGAACUUUGUCCUCCGCGUGCGAUGGCAACUUGUCGUGACACUUGUUCCCUGUGUAGGUAUUUGCCAGCAUCAAGUGCAAACUCUUCCUACCGAUUCAGGUGUUCCUGAAGGAAACACCCCAUCUUCCAGCACAUUUCCAAGUUCCCUUCCUCGUGACUCCCGGGCCCCAGGCACCUGCCACCUCACAACAGGCCAUCUAACAGCUCCCGGGCUUUCUUAUUCUCCCCACUGCUGUGGCCUUGCUGUCACCCAGGCCCCGCGGAUGGCACAGGCUGUUAAGACAUGUGACCUGGGUGUUGAGAACGGGUUGGGGGGGGUCAGAGACGGCAGACUGGGGGGUGUGCCUCAGUGGGACAGGCCGGGAAGAGCCUUGGAGCACAGAGCGUCCGGUGGGGGGGGGGGGGGGAGAAGGCCCAGCUCCCUCCAACUCUUUAAACCAGCCCGGCCGCUCCCAACCCCGUGAGGCCGAGGGACAGGAACGAGCCCAGAGGUGCCUGGAAACCUCCACCCUCUGGCUCCCUGCUGAUCCCUUCUUUUCUUCAAAGGACAAACAGUCACAUUGUUUGAUCCCAAAUUGCAAAUGAACAUUCACUAUUUUUCGGCCUCCCGUAGAUCCUUCUCUCUCCUUCUUUCACGUGGAUACAUGGCUGCAGAUGCACACAGACGCAUUUACGUGUGCGUGCAUCUACACAUUGUUUUAGCUCCAAUCCAAGCAGGUUUGAAUUUGGACAGAGGUGACCUUGCCACGUUUAUGGCUUCUGCAGACUGAUUUUCCUCUUUCUCAAAGUAAACUUCACAAAACGUAAAAAUUGGAGCCGCAUAUCCCAGGGUCCACCGUCGUCUGUCCCGAGCCGGGCAGUGCAGUAGGGAGAGCGCCGCGGCCUGGAGCUGGGGCUUCUGUACCAACACCCCCCACACACACCCAUGAGGUGAAGGCACCCUCUUCCCUGGGAGCAGGAAGGUGCCGUGUUUCAGUCUGUAAGAGGGAUCUGACCAGGAGGGACCCGGCUGGGGAAAAUCCCACUUUCUCACUCUCUGACGCUGUCUCCCCGCCACUCUUCUAACAUGUCGUCGUGUCGUAAAUACUGUCGAAUACUGUUCACCCAUGACUGUUUUGGUGUGCGUGACAUUUGCCUUAAAACAUAGCAGUCCUCCAAAUGAAUACAGUAUUUCUACUAGGA